AUUCCCAAAAAGACAUGUUAAUGUAACUUGCAAGAAAAGAAAAGAAAAAGAUGAACAACAUAUGCAUCAUACUUCUCAUUUCAACCUUACUGCCAAAUCACACACUUUGCAAAGCAAAUCACACCAUACAUAUGACUAAUAGCAUCACAUAUGCAGACACUUUGGUUUCACCCGGCGGGAUUUUCGAGCUCGGCUUUUUCAGUCCAGAAAGCUCGAGAAAUUGGUACGUCGGAAUAUGGUUCAAGAACAUCGCGUUGAAGACCCCGAUUUGGGUAGCCAACAGACAAACCCCACUGAGGAACGCCACCUCAGCUGUCUUGAAGGUGAUCCGACCGGGAAUCUUGGUUCUUGUCGUCGACGAAGAAACCGUAUGGUCUUCCGGCACGUCCAGGCUGGCGAACAAUCCGAUCGCGCAGUUAUUGGACUCCGGAAACCUCGUUCUACGCGAGGAAAACGAUGCUCGGCCGGAGAAUUACCUUUGGCAGAGUUUCGAUUACCUCUCUAACACGUUCUUAGUAGGUAUGAAUUUCGGGUGGAACUAUAUCACCGGUGUGGAGAGCUAUCUAUCGUCGUGGAAAUCCGAAAAGGAUCCGGCUUCCGGAGAGUUCACGUUGCAUCUAGAACCUUCCGGAUAUCCGCAGCUGAUCACGAAAAAGGGGGCGGUCAUUCAGUACAGAAUAGGACCGUGGAACGGUAUUGCGUUUAGCGGGUCCCCCGACGUGAGCAGCGACCCCGCGUUCACGUUCACGCUGUACAUGGACGAGGACGGUGUCUACUACAGGGGUGACGCUAUCGACAGGUCAGCUAUUACAAUGUUUAGUCUGAAUCCGAAUGGCGUGGGCCAGCGCUCGAUAUGGGUUGACCAAACUCAGGAGUGGGUCCGUUACUUGAGCCUUCCGGCGGAUAACUGUGAUUCUUACAGUUUUUGCGGAGCGUACGGGAGUUGUAAUAUCGGCGAAUUUCCCGUGUGCGGUUGCUUGGAUAAGUUUGUGCCGAAAGAUCCGAGUGGUUGGGCUAAGGCGGAUUGGACGAACGGGUGCGUUAGGAGGACGGGCUUGAAUUGCACAGCUGGCGAAGGGUUCUUGAAGUAUUCGAGUAUUAAGUUGCCGGAUGCACGAGAUUCGUGGUAUAACGUUACUAUGAGUCUCGACGAAUGCAAAGUUGAGUGCUUAAAGAAUUGCUCUUGCAUGGCGUAUACGAGUUUGGAUAUUCGCGGAAGAGGAAGUGGAUGCCUGCUUUGGUUCGGGGAGUUGGUCGACAUUCGAGUUUUGUCUGGAGGGGGACAGGAUCUUUUCAUCCGAAUGGCUUCGUCUGAAUUAGGGACUAAUGGCAAGAGAAAAGAAGUGCUAAUCGGGAGUUUGACAGCAGUCGGAAUUGCUCUACUCGGUUUGAGUGUGUUUGUGUACAUUUGGAAGAGGAAGAAGAACGACAAAACGGGGGAAAGAGUUGGAAUCCAUACGGAAACCGAAAAUAAAGACUUUCAACUGCCGUUGUUCGACUUGUCUACAAUCUCGAAAGCUACUAAUAACUUCUCGAUCGAAAACAAGAUUGGAGAGGGUGGAUAUGGACCUGUUUAUAAGGGCACCUUAGAAGAUGGACAAGUUAUAGCGGUCAAACGACUAUCGAAAACUUCCGACCAAGGAGUUGACGAAUUCAAGAACGAAGUUAUCUGUAUUGCCAAACUUCAACACAGAAACCUCGUGAAACUUCCAGGGUGCUGCAUACAAGGAGACGAGAAGAUGCUUCUGUACGAAUACAUGCCUAACAAAAGCCUCGACUUGAUUCUGUUUGAUGAAGAAAACAGAACGUCGCUCGAUUGGUCUAAGCGAUUCAAUAUAGUGAACGGAAUCGCGAGAGGGCUUAUGUAUCUUCACCAAGAUUCGCGUUUGCGAAUAAUCCAUAGGGACCUUAAAGCAAGCAACAUAUUGCUGGAUAGUGAAAUGAACCCCAAAAUAUCGGACUUUGGUAUUGCUAAGAGAUUCAAAGGAAACGAGACGGAAGAUAGGACCGGUCGAGUUGUAGGAACAUAUGGGUAUAUGUCGCCAGAAUACGCGAUGCAUGGCAGGUACUCGGUAAAAUCGGAUGUGUUCAGCUUCGGUGUAAUUGUGCUAGAAAUUGUUAGUGGAAAGAGAAACAGUGGAUCUUUUCGUGGGGAUUAUCGCGGCCUCAACCUUCUCGGACAUGCGUGGACGCUGCACAAAGAAGGAAGGUCACUCGAAUUAGUUGACACGAGUUGUGCGAACAAGUUGGAUAAUUUAGGACAAGUUUUACGAUUGAUUCAUGUAGGGCUAUUAUGCGUGCAACAUCGCCCGGAAGAUAGACCUUGCAUGACUUCAGCGGUCGGAAUGUUGACCGGUGACGUGGCGCUGACUCACCCAAACCACCCUGGAUUUUUUACAGAAAUCGAUACGGCUUUGACGGAAAGUAACCGGAGCUCCAAUACAGCAAGCUCCUACAAUGAAAUCACUAUCACGAUGCCACACGGGCGUUAACUAGGAUGAAUAUAUGAAGCUUUCGGUUGAGAGGAUCGCUGCAUUAUUGUUUUUAUUUUAUUUUUUUGUUUCAGAGGAUCGACACAUUUAUUGUAUGCAGAUUGCAGACUAUAAAAAUAUUGAAUAGAACUUACAGCACCGGCCAUGAAACUUCUCUCAGGUGUGAACACAAAUCAAUAAAAAAAAGAAAAAAAGUAUAGAUAGAGAA